AUGAAUAUUUCACAUGACAUUUGUAUUCCUCACUACUGCAGUUCAUUCAUUUCGUUCUUUCUCCUUGACAAAGCGAAACGCCGAUUCGUCCGUUUCUACUUUGCUUUCUUCUUGCUAUCUUCUUCCUACCUGGCCGUAUCGAUUGGCGCUUUUCUAUAUUUUCUGUUUGUUUCGUUUCGCUUGUUUCCACCGGAGUCGACGUUUUCCCUUGCAGCCCUGACCGUAGAGCCGAUAAUUCUUUCACGUGAACCUCGAUACAAAUGCGCCAUUUCAAAGAAGUGUGCACCAUACGUUUUAAACUCUCUUUUUUGUUCUCUCUCUCUCUUUCUCUCGCUUUCUCUUAACAAGUAUUGGCCAUUUCUUUAUUUAUUUCGUCUUUUCCCUGUUUAUAAUUUUAUACGAAUUACUUUUUUUCCCCUUCUAUCUCUUUUUUUUUCUUGUGAAGUUCUGCUUCACCGUCUUUUUCUUGUUUUCACUUUCUUUUUUUUUACUUCUACCCAUCAUAAUCUACAGUUUUCAUUUUCUUUUUUUACACUUUCCUCGAUAACACUUUCAUUCGCGUAUUUCAAUUUAUUUCUUCUUUUUUUCUUCUUCUUCUUCUUCUUCUUUCUUUCUUUCUUUCUCUUCCUUCUUCAAUGA